AUGAAGAAAAACCUUACUGUUACUAGAACCUUUCAUGUCAACAAGUUACCGGAGGUGGCAGUAUGUGGCGCGCCCCCAUCUACUGGGGAUGGCGCGUCCCCAUCUACUGGGGAUGGCGCGUCCCCAUCUACUGGGGAUGGCGCGUCCCCAUCUACUGGGGAUGGCGCGCCCCCAUCUACUGGGGAUGGCGCGUCCCCAUCUACUGGGGAUGGCGCGUCCCCAUCUACUGGGGAUGGCGCGCCCCCAUCUACUGGGGAUGGCGCGUCCCCAUCUACUGGGGAUGGUGCGCCCCCAUCUACUGGGGAUGGCGCGCACCCAUCUACUGGGGAUGGUGCGCCCCCAUCUACUGGGGAUGGUGCGCCCCCAUCUACUGGGGAUGGUGCGCCCCCAUCUACUGGGGAUGGCGCGCACCCAUCUACUGGGGAUGGCGCGCACCCAUCUACUGGGGAUGGUGCGCCCCCAUCUACUGGGGAUGGUGCGCCCCCAUCUACUGGGGAUGGUGCGCCCCCAUCUACUGGGGAUGGUGCGCCCCCAUCUACUGGGGAUGGUGCGCCCCCAUCUACUGGGGAUGGCGCGCACCCAUCUACUGGGGAUGGCGCGCACCCAUCUACUGGGGAUGGCGCGCACCCAUCUACUGGGCAUGGCGCGCCCCCAUCUACUGGGGAUGGCGCGCACCCAUCUACUGGGCAUGGCGCGCCCCCAUCUACUGGGGAUGGCGCGCACCCAUCUACUGGGGAUGGCGCGCACCCAUCUACUGGGGAUGGCGCGCACCCAUCUACUGGGGAUGGCGCGCCCCCAUCUACUGGGGAUGGCGCGCCCCCAUCUACUGGAGAUGGCGCGCCCCCAUCUACUGGGGAUGGCGCGCACCCAUCUACUGGAGAUGGCGCGCACCCAUCUACUGGGGAUGGCGCGCCCCCAUCUACUGGGGAUGGCGCGCCCCCAUCUACUGGGGAUGGCGCGCCCCCAUCUACUGGGGAUGGCGCGCCCCCAUCUACUGAGGAUGGUGCGCACCCAUCUACUGGGCAUGGCGCGCACCCAUCUACUGGGCAUGGGGCGCACAGAGGGGCGCAGCUGGACUACUGUAGCCAAGCAUGGAGACCUGGUCUUCACAAGGACAUAACUGCUUCGGAGAAAAUACAACACAGCGACAAAAAAUCCUGCUAG